ACAAAAUUAUUUAACCUAUUGGGAAGGUUAUUUAGAAUAAAUUACUUGCCUUUUUAGAUUAUAGGUAAACUUUUACAUUAAAAAAUGAGUGUUUCACAUAGAUUUUAGGCAGUUCUAAUUCAACUUAAAGAUCAUUUAGUUUCAAAUGUGCAACCAACUGGAUCUGUCGGAAUCUGUCAAAAAUUACGCGAAUAUUUUGAGAAUUACGAAAAUAACAUAAUGUUCUCGCACAAUGAAUGAAAAUGAUAACAUUGUCUGCACUCCAAAGCGUAACGUACUCACAGAAGUAACCAACUCUACAAAUAAUGUUUCUCCGACUGCUAACCUCAAGUUGUUGACCACUGUCGCUUUGCAAGAAAACGCUGUUGGAAACUUUAAUGCAGUUCAAUAUCCGACACCACCAUCAAGCGCUGUUCAUCGCAAAGAGAAAUCGUUACAAAUAUUAUGCGACAGAUUUCUCGAACUUUACCCUCUUCAUUCAAAUGGAACGAUUGAAAUUCAGCUGGAUUGUACAGCAGCAAGAUUAGGCGUAGAAAAAAGACGAAUGUAUGACAUAAUCAAUAUUCUAGAAGCUAUGCAGUGUGCUGUCCACAAGAGGAAAAAUACAUAUCUCUGGUAUGGUGGAUCAAGACUGAAUGCCUUCUUAAAAAUGCUGAAGAAAGAAGGAGAAAAUCUUAAAUUAUCAGAUGCAUUGAGAGGCAAAGCUCCCAAACCCCCUGCUCCAAAACAUAAAACACUUGGUGUUAUGGCCCAAAGGUUCCUCAUGUUAUUCUUAGUGGAACCACAGAAUACGCUUAUAAAUUUAGAAAUGGCUGUAAGAGUGUUAAUUGAUACAAAUAAUAAGAACAGAACCAUUCUCUCGCCUGAUCAGCAAGAUAGACAGCACAAAUCCAAAGUGAGGAGGCUUUAUGAUAUAGCUAAUGUAUUUAUAUCAGUUGGUCUCAUUGAGAAAGUUUCUGGAAAUUCUAUUUUAAAGAAACCCGUAUUCAAAUAUGUUGGACCGUUUAAAGUGAAAAAACCUAUUGAAGUAAUCCUUUAUACACCUCCCAUCACACCAUUGAGCAUGUUGGAGCAACAAACACAUAAUCAUAUUUUAAUGGGUAAGUCUAAAAGAAAACUUGAGUUUACUGCUCCAAAUACCUCUAAAGAAAUUAAACUAACUGUCAACACAACAAUGGACACACCAUCACACAAAUGGAAUGAUAUAUUACUUGUGGCAGAUAUGGAACUGACCAAAAUGAAAUGUGGCAAAAUUUUGUGAUUUAUAUUGAUAGCUAAUAAACCUAGUAUAAUAUAUUAAAAAGACCUAGGAUUGUCCAAAUCAAAGGUUUUGAAUAUCAUUUGUUCAGACUGACUUAUUUAUAUAUGAAGUCAUAUUUUUAAUACACUUUGUCUUCCUGGGGUGUCUAUUUAUUAUAAUUGACACUAUAAUUAUAAUAGAAUUAUAACUAUGAAGAUUUGUGGCAGAAACUAUUGCUUCAGUAAUUCUCAUGCUUUUAUGUAUUAUUUUAUUGAUUAUAUUUUGCAAGAGAAGAAUAUAUAACUUUUUUAAUGAAUGCUUUGAGAUCUUAUAAGUUUUGUUAAAAGCUUAAUAUUUCCAGUGUUGUUGCAAUAGUGAUAGUUGGAACUUGCUGUAUUGAAGGAUUAUCUUUGUCCAAUAUUAUUGAUAAUUAAAAAGGUUGUUAUAUUUAAUAGAUUCCAAAACCAUCAAUUUAUAGGGCAUUAGUUACUGAAUGAAUAU